AUGGCGACGUCGUUCGUCGCCACGGAAACAUCGAAGUCGCUUUCGAGUUCCCGUUCUCGAUCGCCCGGCUUCGAUGAAGACUCACUGCUCUCGGCUGCUUUUUGUGACCUUCAUUUCGACUGCUCGUCGAAUGAUUUGCGAAUGGUUUCACGGCAGCAUUCCAGCUUUUCCGUUUUGAAGCUGGAGGACGAUGAACCGUUGUUGCCUAGCAAGUUGGUUCGGCCAAUAAUGGUGUCUAGGCGAACAUCAACAAAGGUGGUGCUGAAAAAUCGCUCAUUUGCUUCGUCACCCUCCUCUAUGGACCGAUCAGGUAGAGGGCACCCAUCGUGCUCAAACUUAAGAGAGAAAAUCGUUUGCCCUACGACGCCGGAUGAUGUCCUUGAGCGAGUUCGUUCUGUAUGCGGUCUGAUGCCUUCUGACUUUGACGAUCACUCAAUUUCAAGCCGAUCUGACAUGGUAGACUCUGGCUACGGAAAAAUGCAGCACGAAGAAGGACCUAAGCUGCUGAUUGUCCCAUCGUCGCCGUCCUGGUCGAAAGUGAAUACGGUAGAUGUGGAGACGGGGAAUGAAUUACGCGGCGUCCUUGUGGACCGUGCGCCAAUCAAUCAGUGUGAUUCGUCAAAAGAAGGACUGUCGACGCCGCUGCCGCCGACGACGACGGCGUGA